AUGGAACAAAUUGCUAUGUGUGUAAGAUAUUAUUCUGAAACUGAACAGGACGUGCGUGAAGACUUUGUGGGCUUUGUGCAAGCAGAAUCUACAACAGGAGAGGCUCUUUUUAACAAGUUUAUUGAGGGGCAGCGGGACGCAGGAUUAGACAUCUCCAAGAUGAGGGGACAAGGGUAUGAUGGGGCCAGUAAUAUGUCUGGUUGUCAUCGAGGUGUGCAAGCUCGGGUCCAGCAAGUAGUUCCCCAAGCAAUGUAUGUGCACUGCAAAGCCCAUAGCCUUAAUUUGUCAAUUGUGUAUGCCUGUAAAGAGGCACUCGUCAGAAACUUGUUGGACACAGUACAACAAAUCGGAUUUGCUUUCAAGUACUCUGCCAAACGUUUUUUAGCUUUCAAAGAGGAGCUUGGCAACGAUCCCGUGGAACAGGAAGAGAUGCAGAAGAGAACACGUCUUCAAAGUCUGUGCGAGACGCGAUGGGCUAGUCGGGCUGACGCACUUUACACUUUCAAAGCUGCAUACACAUCAAUUGUAAGUGCACUGGAGGUGCUAGAACGAGAGGGAGACUCAAAAGCACGGAGCUACAGAUGCAGUAUCCUUGGGUUCGACUUCAUCAUCUCUCUAGUUGUGGUUGAAUUCGUCCUCCAGGGUGUUAUGCCUCUAAACAAGCUGCUACAGAAGCAGAAUAUCGACUUGAUCGAAGCAGCCAAGGAGAGUCGAGUUCUUAUAGCCACAUUUCGUGCAGAGAGAGCCGAUGAUGCUGUGUGGGAUGGGCUUUACGACAAAGCAGUUGCCAUGGCAGAAGACCAAGGAGUCGUGCCUUCAAAGCCUAGAACAGCUCGACGCCAACAGCACCGUGGCAACGUGCCUGCCGACUCUGUUUCGGAAUACUGGAAAAGAGCAUUGUUCUAUCCAUUUCUUGAUCAUCUAGUUGUGGAACUAGAAGACCGUCUUGUAUCCAGCAAUGAGAGGUUUAAGGCUCAAUAUCUCAUCCCAAGCCUUCUUCCUGAGCUCAGCCGAGAUCACGAGGAUUCCAUCUUCCAGGAGUAUGAGAGUGACCUCAGUGGGGAUCGGGAAGCCUUCCGAAAUGAGGUUUCUCGAUGGAAAGUAAGAUGGGAGCUGGAGGGGACAAAACCCUCAAAUCUUACUGACACAUUGAAGGCUACGAACAAGACUCUGUAUCCAGACAUCUUCACCUGUCUAGUUGUACUAAUUACGAUGCCAGUGUCUACCGCUACCGCCGAGAGGCAGUUUAGUAUCAUGAGACGCCUGAAAAACUACAUGAGAUCAACGAUGCUCACAGAACGGAAGUCUGGACUAGCCCUGUUGCACGCCUACAGACACAUGGAAAUAGAUAUUGAUAUUAUCAUUAACGAGUUUGCGGCCAGCAAAGGCCGCAAGUUAGACUUGCUGUGA